UGCAGAGUUGGGAGGUUAGACACAUUAGGAGCGUCCCAGGUUUCUCAGAGGACAGAGCAGAACAACAGCAGGAUUCACCAGGAAAAAGGCUGAAGGGAGGUAGUCGGGAUGGGCUACUUGCCCCCAACCACAAAAGCUUUGCUGCUGGGACUGGUGAUUGCUACUACAGUGGCAGAAGGCCUUGUGGUUGAGAACCAAACCAGAAUAUGCCAACCAGCCCCACUCUGGAAGAUAAAUGGCACAGACCCAAUGGCUGGGAUGGAAGGCCAGGUGACAGUGGUGGCCCUUUUGAAGGCUAGCUGACAGUUCUGUCUCAAGCAAGCAGCCAGCCUUGGCAGCUUGCGAGAGAAAUUGUCUGGUGCUGGCGUGGCCAAUGUCAGUUUCAUGAUUGUGAAUGAAAAGACCCCUUCCUCCAGGGCAAUGUAUUGGGAGCUCAAACGGCACGCUCCCGAAGGCAUCCCAGUUUACCAGCAACAAAUCCUGGAACCCGAUGUCUGGCAAAUUCUAAAGGGCUACAAGGAUGAUUUUCUGAUAUAUGACAGGUGCAGGAAGCUAACUUUCCAUAUCCAGUUGCCAUACAGUUUUCUGCACUUACCAUAUGUCGAGGCUGCUGUGCGCUACACACACCACAAAGACUACUGUGGCAAUUGUUCCUGGUAUUAUCUGGACAGCAGCCAGGAGGUGAAUAAUACAGCAGGAACUCCCACGAUGACGACUUUGGCUCCCAGAGUAUUGAAAGGCCAGCCUGAAAAGAAGACCAAGAGGCACUUCAGACACAUAGUCCAGAACCAUUCCCAUCAUGGGGGAAUUACCACAGCCCAGCCUACCCUUCAUUCUCAAAAACAUUCAGAGAACCACCAAACAAGGGAAUCUCACUAAAUGUCUACAGUAUGGAAAUAAAUUCUCAACUGUUAGGAACCCCAAAAUCUUACACCAAAAAACUAAGCAAGCACUAUAAGAAAUAGUUAAGGAGUAAACUUACACAUCUCAGAAAGGAAUGGUUCCAUGUUUAGGCAGAGUAAGAGAACAGAAUAUGCCAAAUAUUCUUAGAGGGGCAGACAUCAUAUUAAACGAUAAUACAGUAUGUUUUGUUUCAUUGUGACUUAGCAUGUUGUAUAUGCCAGCGAUGAACUUGGACUUGAGUGGUGUAGUGUAAUGUAAGGGCUGAGCCCAUAGGUUGAAAGGCUAGAGGUUUCAGACCUUGUCUCUCAGAAGACCACUUCUUGGGAGUGCAGGUCGGUAUUUCUCACUGCUACCACUUAUCUUCUAGGGCGGUGUUUCUCAACCUCAGCAACUUUAAGAUGUGUGGACUUCAGCUCCCAGAAUUUCCCAACCAGCACUGGCUGAGGAAUUCUGGGAGUUUGAAGUCCAAGUAUUUUAAAGUUGUUGAGGUUGAAAAACCCUGUUUUAGGGAAUGUCUCAUCUCCUGACUUCCCACCUAGCCACAGUGUGUGUGAGAGAGAAUCCUCCCUUGCAUGCUUUCUAGCAAAUGAAAGGAAAGAUAAAAUGAUGUAAAGGAAACACAUUUGAUAGCACCGCCUCCUGGCCCUAUGCUUUUGACAAGUCACUAGGAAAACCAGCGCCUCUUCCCCUUUCUUUUGGUGAGGAAGUAGAUCAGCCACACAAAGUAUAAAUAGAAUCUUUUUUUAAAGGAAAAUGUAAAAAUUUCCUUUUUAACCUUAAAUAGGCACAUGCAAAACAUGCAGUGGUAGAGGAGAUAAAAAUAUAGAGCUGCUAAAAUUGCAGAGUCUCAAAAGGAAAUUCUAAGAAAAAUAUAUAGGAAAAUAUAAAGUUCUGACUGACCACAAGAUGAUAAACAUGUUACUAGUAUAGAAGCAGAUUUGAUGUAAAGGGAUGCUAAUUUGCAUGAAACAAAAUUUUACACAAUAUUCCUAGCUCAAGUUCUUACCUAAUUCUUUAGGAUAUCUUGAAUCCUGAAGCUAAAGUCCCCUUUCUUGCUUUCAUGGAUGUUUCCAACUCCUUGUAGAAUUGUUCUCUCCCUGCAACUCUUAGCAGUGCUCCCUUGUUAACCAAAAGGACCCAAGUCAUAUCCUAGCAAAGAAGAACAUUGUAGGAGGAGACCCAUGCUAGUCUAGAGUGGCAAAGAAUCAGAAAGAUGGCAUCUAAUGAGAUGAGCUGCAGCUCCUGAAAGCUGAUGACUUUUAAUACAUUUUGUUAGAAAAGGUGCCACCGGACUCCUUCUGAUUUUUUUUUUUUUUUUUUUAGCUAAAGAAGGAGGGCUUGAGGAAAUUUGAUGAUUCUCGGGUCCAUGCCUGAGAGAAGAUGCUACUUUGAAUUUCUGUGUUGGUAGCUUGCCUCUGGCCUGAGGGGCUAUUCGGCCGACUGCAAGAGUGAACGUAGGGGGUUAGUGCUUACCUGCCCAUGUUUUUUAGAGCCAUCAGAUGCCUCUCUUAGCAAUUGCCUAUUUCCAGAUGCACUUAGUCUUCUGCUGCUGGGAAGUCAGUUUUGAUCCCCUGCCUUUACAUUUCCUGCUUUUCUGCACUCAAUGAAGCAUGUAGUGUAACCUCAAUAUUGCAGUCACUGCAGUCUGAAACUGUUCAGAAAAGUAGUUAACCAAAAUGGAAAGAUGGGAUGUGGAUCAGAACCACGAUUUGAGGAAGGGUGACAGACUAAGUGAGGGGAAUGGAAAUAGAGGGAGCUGAUUGGGUCUGGCGCCCUUAAUUUAGCACACUGAUAUCCAUGGACCUGAACGGCUAAUUUGAGGAUUGUGGUUUUUGCGGUACUUCUGGAAGGAAAAGGUUUGCUAGAAUGGAGAGAAUAAAAUGGAAUUAACUGGGUUUACAGAAAUGUUACUUGCUUCUAUGUAUAUCUCACUGUAUGUAAUCAGACACGAUUUGGGGGUGAAGCUUCAAUAAGUGGCAGCACAUUAUGAGAUGAGCUGCUGGAGAAAGUUUAUUCUUGACAUAAUAUUGGCAAAAGUAAUUAAAAUGAAUACAUCAUGUACUGAGUACAGAUAAUACUGUAUUCUGAUGGAAAUAAACCAUUUGAAAUUGCA